GCUGAUCCAUAUGCCAACCUCCUUGUGUGUGAACCAUUGGACUGGUGGGAGGACGUGGAGAACGACAUCACUAUGAAGACACAAGCCAUCCCUACAACUCCUACCGUCCCUAUCACCGCCACUGAACUGGUCGAUAAAUAUGGCCCUCUUCUUGUUCGGGAACAGUUUGACUGGUGGGAGGACAAUGAGGAUGACAUUUCUAUGAAGACCAAAGCCCUCGUCAUCCCCACUCCCGACACCGAGAACAUGGCUACAGCUUCCAUUGGCCCUGCCAUCGACAGAAACGUGGACGACAAAUAUGCCCACCUUCAUGAGGACGAACAAUUUGAUCAAUUGGAGGAUGUGGAGAAUUAUAUUGCUAUGGGCACCGAUUUGGCUACAAUUCCUAGCAGCCCUGCUACUACUAGCAAACUGGACGACAAGUAUUCCAAACUUCCUGUUCAUCAAGACUGGUUGGAGGAUGGUGAGAAUGACAUCGCCAUGGACACCCAAUACCUGGCUAUCAAUAAUGAACAUCUUGCUACAACCAACGGCCCCAUCAUAGCCGUCGAAUUGGACGAUUCAUAUUCUCACCUCUUGCACCGCGAGACAUCCGACUCGUUCGAUAAUGCUGAGGCCACUCUCGCCAUGGACCAUCAGCCUGAGAUGGCCGUUACCAUGUCGUCCAAUGAAAUUGUUGACUCCCCGCAGCCAGUCGAACUUAGUCAGUCACUUGAUGUCCCAAAUUCUGCCUCGACCUCAGAGCAAGUUCAAAAUUUACAGCUGGCCAGUCCCCUACAAGAACUUGAUGAGUUCGAGUAUCGCGCUGAAAUUUACAAUGGGGAUAACACUAUUCACCACUGGAACUGGCUGGGCUGGCCAGUCUAUACACGAACUGCCACCCCACCAGAAGUCUCACUUGCUUUUAUGCAAGCCAGACCGAAAGCACCACGGGGAAGAGAUAAGCUCCGUGUGAACUCGAUCAUGAGUCGUGCAAUCGAGUAUAUUGACCCUGUCAUUUUAAAAGUGGACAGAGGGGAUGAAGGUCUCUUGCAAAUGUAUGGGUCUGCAAUGAUUGAAGCAUGCGAAGGUCUCACCUACACUCACUAUUCUCUCCACGGAAAUUGGAUGAGUGAUGAUUUCUCAAUGCGGCGAAGGAUCGUUCCUGAUGCUGGGGAGUCAGAAUUGGAAAGAUUUGCAAUCGGGCGAUUCGCCGUUGCAAAUGGCCUUCUUGAAGGUGGACCGUUUAUUUCUCGAUAUGAGUGGUUGGAUUGGCGAGAUCAACUAGUUGCUGCCAGCAAGGAACCCGUUCGCUCUCCUCGGAAACGCACUUGGAAGCCGACGCCUUCCAAGCUCAAGAUCGAGUCGACAUCAUCCAAGGAGAUAUCACCACCACGCCGACUCCUCACUUACUCCUCUGCCCCUCUUGAGAUCGUGGGCAAUACGCAAAAGGCUCGGAUCACCACAAAGAUGAUUCACAGCUCUGUCGUUUUCCCCAUUGGAAUUAUGGGAACCAUCAUGAAGAAGACCUGGCCUGUGCCUACCACUGUCCCUAAUACAGUGUUUUCUCUCCCGCUUGGCAGUAUGGGCAAUUUCAUCGAAAAGCCUUUGGUUACUUUCAGUAACAUCCCCCGCGAAAUGUUCGUUUCCCCACUUGGAAUCAUGUGGACAAUCAUGAAGAGGGCUUUCACACCACACGUGCUUUUACCUGAGACUCUUUCAUGA